AUGGCAACCUCCAGCAAUGCUUCUGCAGGUUCUCAGAAGAAGGCUUCUUCUGAACAGUACCAAGUUCCCUUCAGAACACUCCUUACACCAGUGAAGAAUUUGGAAGUGCUGUCUGAACUGAUUAUUGACUUCUCCAGUCUGAAAGAAAAUGGUUUUGACUUGACAGAAGAAGUUAGGGCACAGGGAUGGGAGAGAUAUUUUGAUAGGUUGGUUGGACCAACGUUCCCAGUCUUGGUCAAGGAGUUCUGGAUUCAUGUGUCCUCAUCAACGCAUCAAGUCACCUCCUACAUAACGGGAAAGAAGAUUGUGAUCACUGAGGAUCACAUAGCAAGAUUGAUUGGAUACAGUGGCGGUGGUGUCCGCUGUAUCGAUAUGGCUGAAAGAUGCUCUGACGUUGGUGUCAUUGCAGAGCAGAUUUUCACCCAUGGGGUUCCCAGCAGCAAGAUCAGAGACUUAAAGGAUCACCACAGAGUAUGGGCGAAGAUCAUUCUGGGGUGCUUUAAUCACAGGAAGCCAACAAGCUCCCCUGAUUAUAUAAAUAUAGAUCAGCAGUUUCUGAUCUAUUUUAUUAAUCAAAAGGUAAAAAUCAACUUGGCUCAUCUUUUGUUUAAUCACUUCAGAACCAGCGUCAAGGAGACAAGGGAAGAAGAAAGGACAAAGAGGGAUUGGAUACCCUUUGGCAGGUUAAUAUCAGAUAUUCUGACAGAGAAUAGGCUGAUAGAGCACCUUACAGAAGCUCAGGAAUUAAGUUCUAUUGAACCAACUGUUGGCAAGCCUCUGAACGCCAAGAAUCUGAAGAAAAUGAAGCUGAUAGAGAAUAUCAGAAAGGAGCCCAUCGUUACUCCUCUUGCUAACAUCACCAGAAGAAGAGUCCCUCUGGACGACUUUCCAUUAUUUUCUGAGAUAGAAUCUAAACCAGUGGUGGUUCUCAGAUACUUGGACGCUUGCAAGGCUGAUGGUACAGAUCCCAAACUGAAUAUCAAAGAUCUGCACCAACAACAACCAGAAGUUUCUCUGAAGAAGACGAAGAAAAGAAAGGCCACUUCAGAAGGACCAUCCCAGCAGACUCCCAAGAAAAGAGGUAAUUUAUCUGCUGCUUCUGUUUUAAAUUCUUCUGCUAUUCCAACAUCAAUCCCCACUCCAGCUUCACAUGAAAUUCCAAUCCCCAUACCAACUAUUGAUGAAACCGAACCAGAAGAUGACCCUUCUGAGUCACUGACUCUCAGGAGACCCCGCACCAAACAUCCAAAACCCACAACAUCAACAGCAUCAGAACUUGACAAAGUUCUGUCUGACAUUGAUCAACGUGUUUCUGAUCACCUCUCAACAAAUCCAAACACUGAACCAGAGAUUGCCCACUCUCCUCAACCAGAACAACCUCUCUCACCCAUACCAGAAGAACCACAACUUCCACAACAACCAGAAAUUCAACCAGAAAUUCCACCUCCUUCUCCACAACCAGCAACUCCUCCUCACCAUCCUCAACCAGAAAUUCAUCCACCAUCACCUCCUCAACCUGAGUUUCAUCACUUUGAAACUCCAUCACCUGAACCUCAUUCUCCUCAAUCCUCUGAGCCACAACCCUUGGCAAUUCAGCUUCCAUGUGGAACAACUGUAACCAUGGCCCAGCUGCCAUCCUCGCCAGAAACUACCCCUCCAAAUACUCCAAAAACUCCAAAAAAAAUCCUUGACCGUCUUGCUGAUCUCAAAAAUAAAAUAGCCAUUCCCAAACCAAAACAGCCAGAUGUUGGCUCUGGCAUUGUGAAUUUUGAAACAGGUUUGCAGCAAUGGAUUUCUUCUCUAAAGCAAGUCUGUCUUGGAAUGAUUGAUCCUGCUGCCUCAGACCAACUCUGGACACGUUUCAGAAUAUGGGUACAUGCUGAAGCCCUUAAAUUGCAAGACACCAAUUAUGAGCAGGCACAACAGAACUUCAGCAAGCUGCUGAAGGAAGUUGAAAGUCAGCUGCCACAGGAAGACGUGCUCCUUCUGAAUAGUGAGCCAUGGUCUGAGAAGCGUCCAGCUUCAAAAGUGCAGCCAGAAGAAGAUCAUACUAUUCAAGCUGAAGAGUUCAGUCAAGCUGAAGAUGUUGCAGAAAGCUCUCAGAAGCUUCCUGCUUCUGAUGUUUCUCAAGCUGCCUUGGACAAGCAGACUCUGGAAGAGCUAAAGCUGAAUGAUAUGCGUCUGCAGCAAAGAAUGGAUGAAAGUGAUCAGAAGAUGAAGGAAAGGAUGGAUGUGCAAGACAACAAGAUAGAUACAGUAGUCAGCAUGGUGCACAAGCAGACUGAGACUGCUGAUCAGAUUAAGGCAAUGCUAGAGACUUUGUUCACACGCUUCCCACCCCAACCUUAG